AUGGAGCCGAUCUCCGCCGCCGAUAAGUCGGCGCCGACAUCGGCCGACUUUCCCCUUCGGGUGCAAAUGGGUCGCGGUCUCAGCUUCACCUUAGAGUGGAACGACUACGCCGUCCUUCGCGACCAAAAGAAAGAGUUCACCGAGAGAUGCUUUGGACUCGCCAUCAGGUUCGCUUGGUUUGACAUUGGGCGGGACGACCUGCGGUUGUGGGUGCUCGGGAUCGGCCCGCUUCGAUCGGCCAUGAAAGCCGCCGACCAUUCUUGCUUUGCUAAGGCUUUCGACGCCGACAUCGCCGCUAUCCCGCUGAAAUCGACCGGCGGCCCGCUUCCAGGGUCACACUGCAGCGUCAUAGCCAUCCUCUACCCAGGAGAUGUGCUGAAGGCUGAGGGACAGGUCUGCAGGACAUCGAUCCGGCACAUCGACCCGCACACCGGAAAAGGGAAGCACCGCGACGAGGCCGUCCGCGUCCUGAAGCUAUUCCGCACGGCUGCCCUGGCCGAGCUGGGGCGUCCCGGUAGGAAGUGGGACGGGGCGCCGCCAUCACAAGCAGUGGUGGAGGAAAGGCUUGCCGACUGCGACGACCCUAUCCGCGACAAAGUGCCGGGCACAGUGUCGGACGGGCAUGUCGGCACCGGCAUGCUUGCCGCGACGUCGUUCGGGUGGGUGGCCAAGCAGAUCGGCCUGCUGACGGGCGACAAGGCUCGGAGCGCUGUGAGCAUCGAGAACAUCAAGGUCGCGGGUUUGAGGUCGCUCCGUGAUAGCAUGGUCGAUUACAUCUGCCAUCGUGUCGCCGAAAACCGGAUAGCGGCGCCGACUUCAGGCGCCGACGGACCCGCCGAGGGUGCGAUUGAUGACGACGGCGCGGAAAGUCAGACGGCGCCCCAAGCAGCAGCUGCCGCCCAGCGCCAGGAGGACUUGCCGGUGUCCGCGGAAGGAGGAACCGGUGGAGGACUAGGCGACGAUGCGGCAGGCGCAGGGAGGAAGGAAGAGGAGUUGACGGACUCUGGCUCAGAGUCGGAGUCGGAGGGGGAGGAGGAGGACGAAGGGGAGAAGGAGAAUGAGGACGAGGAGGAUGACGAGGGCAAGGACGAGAACGAUGAGGUGGUGGAGGUGGUGGCCGGGAAGGAUGAGGCGGCGCACGAGGAAGGGGUGGAGGAGGAGGUGGAGUACGAGCUGGAGUACGCAGACGGCACGGUUGAGGCGGUGGGGUCGGCGGACGAGAAGAACGAGGAAGCGGAGGAUGGCGAUGCGGGUAAUGCUACGGGGUCGGCAGGUGAGGGGAAGGAAAAGGAUGAGGUCGGCGUGGAGGCAACGACGGAAACGGGCCAGGAGGAGGCGGCAUGCGAAGGUGCGAAGGUGUCGGUCGACGCCGGCGAAGGUGCGAACAUCGCGGGCGUGCAGGAGACGGGGGACGCAUCUGGUCGGCAGGGCCCUGCAACGGACGACGUCGAGGAGCUGCGACGGGAGAACUUCUUGUUGAGGGCGGAGAACGCUCGGCUGCAGGGUUUGCUCGAUGCGGAACGGGCUCGGCUGGACGCGUUUUUUGUUGGGCUACGUGGACUCGUCGACCUCGUGAAGGACUUGACCUGGCAGGUCGACGACACCGAGAAGUAUGCGGCGGAACAGCUGCGAAACGCGGCGGAGGCCAUGUCGCAGACCAUCACGGGCAACAUCACCGGCAGCUUCGACGAGGCGUGGAAGACGAUGAAGACCUUCGCGGAACAGGCGUCGGCGUGGCUGGAGGACUUCGACAACCCGGAGGGAAAUGUGGCGUAUCAACGCGCCUUAGCGGUCACCACCUUGGCCGACCACGUCGACAAGGUGGUGGGCGAUGCGCAGGAGGAUUUGCGGGAGCACAUCACGAGCCAGUUGUCCGCCGCAGCUGUCAACAUCGCCACAGCUGUGACCGGCAGGCUCCCCGUGCAGCCGCCGCCACCGCCUCAGCCCACGCCGCCCGCCCUCCCGGAAGAGCUCUUGAAGUCGUUCAAGGCCGACAUCAUGAAGACGGUGACGGAGGCCACCGAGCAGUCGUUCGUUGCGUCCGGGAUGAAGAUGUUGACCGAGAUGAUCGGCACGGUGGCGCCUGGUCGACGUGGGUCGUCGCCUUCGGCCAAUGACGCCGACGCCGCGCAACAGAGGGCGGCCGACAAGCAAGGCCUGAAGAGGUCGGGCGACGGUGACGACAAGGAGAGCUCGAAGCGGAGCAAGGGAUCGGACGGGAGCCGCGGCACGAAGCCUCCUGCACGGAGCGUGGUCGACAUGCUGAAGGCGAAGGGGUGGAAGGUGAGGGGAGGGUCGACCAGCAAGGGAAGCGGAAGCGGGGGGGCGGACGGGAGACCUGCCGACGGGAUCGCGGCUAACGUCGAUGCACCGCCUGGCCCGCCUUUGGACGCCGAGCAGACCCAUCCUCAGGCGAGCGGUGGGAAGGACGCGGCCCCCACUGCCCAGGCGGCGAAAGUCGGAGGCGCCGGAACCACCCAGGGGCCGUCUGACGCGGUGCCGGCCAAGGGCAAGGCGAUGUCUGCGUCUGCUACGGUCGCCGGAACCGGCACGGCGAAGGCUGCCUCUGCUUCAGUCCCCGGAACCGGCAAGUCGAAGGCUGCUUCUGCUACGGUCGCCGGAACCACCAAGUCGAAGGCUGCUUCUGCUACGGUCGCCGGAACCACCAAGUCGACACCAUGUAACCCGCCUGCGGCAACCACCGGGCCCGCCGGCCAGUCAGGUGCGGGGAAGCAUGGGGAGGCCCGUGCGGCCCCUCCAGCUCCAGCAGCCCCUACUGCCGCCAAGGUCGACGCGAAGGCUGCUUCGGCACAGGGGCCACCCGGGAGUAACGCGCUUAGGGUGUUGCUCCACCGCAUGGAGUCCCACCGCCCGGGCGCGCAGCAGCAUCCUGUGGUCGACGCCGGCCUCGCAGAAACAGCACGUCGCUCCGUCACUCCGCACGUUGCCGGCAAACCGUCCGAUGCCCAAUCUGCCGCGCGGCCGGUCGCCGCCCCACCGCCUGCGGACCCCAAGUCCGCGUUUCUUCGCGCCCAUAUAGGCGCACGCAAAGCGGCAGCUCCACCAGUCACUCAGCCGGAACCCGGCACAAGCGCGACGCCGACGGCUGUAAAUGCGACCGCACCCUCCCCAGGAGCAGCUGUGGUCGAUCUGGCGGCGGAGAGGGGAGUCAGUGCAGCGCUAGCCACCGGCGGCCGCGCCGACAGGCAUGCCGCCCUCGAAUCCGUCCUGGCCCAGUUUGAGGCAGCAAAACGGCCCGAGCAUGCCCCGGCACUGGCCGUCAUGGACACGGCGCAUGCGGAGCCGUCGGCGACCAACACAGGGGGUUCGGCGGAGCCGACGGCCGCAACGGGUGUUGUCGCCGAGGGAAAUGCGGGACGGAAGGGUAAGGACGACACCGGGAAAGGGAAGGCGGUGUCGGCGGGGAAGGAGAUGGCGGAAGACAAAGGGAAGAAGCCGGCACGGAAGACGGGCGGCAAGGGUAAGUCGGCAAAGAAGAAGGAGGAGGAGGAGAAGGAGGAGGAGGAGGAGGAGGAGGAGGUGGGGGAGGGGGAAGAGCAUGGACGCCGGGGUCAUGGCAUCCGCCGAGACAGGUCUGGCGACGGGCAGGGGUGGGUGGGCGAGAUGAAGUUCAAGAACCAGAAUCGGUACAUCGGCAAGUCCCGCGACAAGAUGGAGCUGGCCUACGAGCACGCGAUUGCGUACUUCGUCUACGACGGCUACGUGAGCAAGGUGCUCAUGAAGGAGCUCACCGCCUUGAAGCCGGGAGAGUUGGAUGAAUGGAAGGCGGUGUGGGAGGAGGUCAAAAUCCUGCCGACCGGGAUGUGGACGGUGAUGUGGGCCAGAGGCUUGUGCCAUCCGAGACCAAGGUUCGACGACAUACUCGGCAGGUUCCGUGGGUACGCAGGUUCGGGUGAUGCGCUUCAUGACGUGCUCUGGCCGGCGAUGUGGUUCCCCGUCUUCGAGGACUCGGAUGAAGGCAGGGCGGAGACAAAUGCCAACAUGUCGGCGAUGGUGAAUCGCGUGUCGAUGUGCGCGGCGUAUGGAAAGGUCGCGGCGAGAGUCGCGUAUGGGAAGGUCGACGGGAGCGCGGAGGCGACCGCGGGAGAGACGACGGAUAUGGAAGGCGCGGACAGGAAGGCGGACGAGAAGGUGCAGAUGGGGGCCCAGGCGUUAGCGGCCUCUGCAUGCGCCCUCUGGUGCUACAUGUCGACGCCGGCGUCGGUGCUCGGUGCUGUGGGCGAAGGUAAGGCGGCCGCGAUUCUGGCAGGUGCGGGGAAGGAGAGGGGCGAGCACUUCGCGAUGGUCAUGCACGUGGUUAUCGAACACGCACGCACUCGGCAGGCUCCCGCGGGGGAGGUUGCACAUAACGUCGCGCCAGAGCUGCAGCGCUAUGGAGUGGCCAGGGCCUUCGAGGCGGGCAUUGAGGAAGACGAGGCCGACAUGAUCGCAAGAGCGACGGUCGAGACCUUGGCGUUCUGGGGAAUGUGCCCCCUCGACGGGCCCAAGCUCAAAGCGGAGGGCAUCGAUGUGCCGUGUGACGCGAAGAUGGAGUACGAUUUGGAUCACAGGGGGAGGAAGGGGGAGAAGGUCAAGCAGGCCAAGGGCAGCAAGAGGAAGAGGUAG